CCACCCGCACCCAAGAUGGCGGCUCGGCAGCGCCGCACGCCGCGCUCAACAUGGCGGCCGCCAGUGACAGCCACGGAGGGGCUGAGCGGGGCGGUGACGCCACUUCCGGCCGAACAAGAGGUACUUCCGGCAGAAGUACAGCCCCGGUUUGCAAUGGAGUCGGGCGAGGUCCGGCCGGGGGUGGCGGCGACGCUGCGGGCGCUGAACGAAGCGCUGGGACGCCCCGGCGCGCUGUGGGUGAAGGAGAGCAGCUCCCGCAACCUGCGGCACCGCGACUUCCUGGCGCCGCGGGCCGCGCUCCGAGCCGCCUUCCCGGGCGGGCAGGUGCCGGCGGACGUCGUGGAGCUCGUGACGUCGCUGUGCGGCGCGGGCGUGUUGGCAGUGAGCAGCGCGCAGCAGACGCCGGCGGGGUUGGAGGUGCGGUUGCAGCGGCCCGAGGCUUUCCGGCGGCUGCUGGUGCUGUGCUCCGCGCCUGCCCCGGCCCCGGCCCCGGCCCCGUCCCCGUCCGUGGUGCUGCACUGCCCGGCCCUGCGCGGCCCCGGCGCCCCACGGCCGCGACACCUCCGCCCUCUGCUGCUGGCCGACCACCUAGCGCAGCUGCUGCGCGCACAGGGGGUCCACGUCCGCCUGGUCCCCGCGCUCCCGGAGGAGGGGCGCCAGGACGUGCUGCGGCAGCUCCGCAUUGACUGGCCCGCCGGCCCCGCCGACCCCGGCCUCUCUGAUGCUGUCUCGGCGUUGAAGCGAGGGCUGGCCCGGGUGCCUUGUGCCGCAGGCUGCGGGCAGGGGCCGGGCGCAGCCGCGCUGCCCGCGGAUGUCAUCUGUAAGGUGCAGCUAAAAGGCUUUGUGGAGCAGCAGGGCCUGGUGGGGUACGAUCCCAAUCUGGAUGUGCUUCUGGUGACGGAGGGGAAGCUGCGGUCUGUGGCUGAGCUGCAGCAAGCUGCUCUGCAAUGCACAGCUGGAGGCCAGGGGAGUUGCUGCAGCAUUGUGCAUGUGGUGAGCUGCGAGGAGGAAUUCCAGCAGCAGCAGCUGGAUCUGCUCUGGAGGAUUCUGGAUCCAGGACCUCACACAGCUUUACAGAAAUACCUCGUCUGUGGGCCAGUGAAGGUGACAAACCCCUCAUCACCCAUUGGAGCAGACCAGUACCUCCAGCUCCGAAAGCGCCAGAUGUACAAAGCCUCUGUGAUGAAGUAUGGGGAGCUUGCACAAGAUGAGGCCUGGACUGAGGUGAUCAAUACUCUCACAGCGGCUGCCAUCAGGUUCGAGAUGCUCAGCACUGCUCACCGCAGUCAGAUCACGCUGGACCUUCAGGACAGCAGCAUCUCCACCAAGGGAACCAGGAGCGGCGCCUUCGUGAUGUACAACUGUGCCCGGCUGGCCACGCUCUUCGACACCUUCCAGCGAGCUGUGGAGCAGGGCACGUACCCACCUCUGCCACCACCCUCUGAGCUGAACUUCUCCUGCCUCCGGGAAGAGGGCGAAUGGCUCCUGCUCUUCAACUACCUCCUGCCCUUCCCUGAAGUCCUGCAGCAGGCAGCACAGCUGCCUGCACCCACCAAAGGCAUCCGGAUCACAGCCAACACAGAAGCAGUGUGCAAGUUCCUGAUCCAGCUCAGCAUGGAUUUCAGCUCCUACUACAACCGGGUGCACGUCCUGGGAGAGCCGUUCCCUCACCUCCUUGAGCAGAUGUUUGCCCGUCUGCAGCUGCUGGCAGCGGUGCGGGACGUGUUCCACAGCACGCUGGGUACGCUACACCUCCCACCGCUCAGCCAGAUCUGAGCCACCCCUCGGAAGCCACAUCACAGUGUGACAGGUAUCGGUACACCCCACCA